UGCUAUUCAAUGAUUUCACCCUCAUAAAUUAACACUUCAUCAGAAGAAACAUUCGGAAAAUGAAUAUUUUACAUUUUUAUCUGCUAGGAGUUGUUUUACAUGUAUCUAGUCAUAGAUUUGUUUACAACAAAACACAUAUAUUCAUAUAUUUUAGAAAUGAUUCUUAUAAUACAUCUGAGAAUUUAGAUGGAGAACAACUGUUCAAAUAUGUUAAUGAAUCGUUUCUAAAUUCUUUUCUAAAAGACCAGAAUACAAACUCUUCAUUAGAUGUUGAACUAAAAAUCAAGACAGAAAAUAGAACAAUUAAUUUACAUUCAAAUGAAACGGAUUUUCAUACUGAAAAAAUGAAUUUUCCUAAUAGCACAUGGCCUCAAUUGAAUUUUUCCAGUUUACCAUUCAUGAUGAACGAAUCUGAUUAUGAACAACAUGAGAAAAGUGUUGAACUUAAAAGUCGACAGUUGGAAACAAAACUCAAUGAAGUAGCUAAUAUGAGUGAUCACAUCGAAAAAUCUCUUUUUGAAUCAAAUAUAACGACUAGCUGGUUAUUUAUAUAGUAUAUCACAUAUUGAAAUAAUCAUGAAAGCUUCUUCACUAUUAUUAUCAUUAAGAGGAGAAAUGUGAUACUGUACAAUAAUUAUAUUCAUAUAACAAAAAUGAAUAGAAACCUUUUAGAUCUG